GAGUGCAUGGGUCUCUUGUCAGAAACUUUUCAUCCUACACUAUAUUCUUGGAUCAAGAGCAACUGCAGCGAAACACACAAUUUUUUGUGCGAAAUGGACGCAGUAAAGGUUACUACUCCAGCUCCUGUUCAGACUACAACUGCAUUAAAACCCCUUGGUUGCCCUUAUGGUAAUAACUGGAAGCGGCAUGGCGAAUACUGUUAUUGGGAAACUACAUAUGAAACAGAACGUUUAAAUUGGUUUCAAGCUAGGACCUACUGCCAAGCUUUCGGAGGAGACUUAGCUAGUUAUCAAACCGAAAAAGAAGAAGACACGGGCGUAGGAGGGGCAAGAGCACAUUUUAGAGGGCUUUGGAUCGGCAUUCAGAGAGGAAAAGAAGAUGACAUCUUCCGCUGGGUCGAUGGCACGCAGAUGAAUUAUACAAACUGGGAAAUCAAUGAGCCCAACCUCAAAAGCAGGAGCAAGUUCUGCGUUAUGCAUGGCAGCGAUGAUUCACAAUGGAAGCUGGACUAUUGCGGAGUGCGAAGAUGGUUUGUCUGUAAAGCACCCCUAGUGAGAAGUAGCCUUAUGCCAGAUCUACCAUCUUUUACAAAAAUAAAGUGCAAUUUCACAACUACUUCGGCUUUCCAUAACUGGUAUUUAUAUCAAGACAACUGUUACCUGGUAGUUGAGAAAAAGAGAUAUUCCUGGGAUACCGCGCAGACCUUCUGCCAAGAUAACGGUGCUCACUUAGCUUCUGUACACUCCUUUGAAGAGACUGAUUUCCUAUUAACAGUAACGAGUGUUUAUCCAGAAACAGACUUUUGGAUUGGUCUAAACUCUAGAGGUCUCCAUUCAUCCUUCACUUGGUCAGAUGAAACACCAGUGGAUUUUCUGUACUGGGCUGAUAGCUUUGUUGCGAAUACAACUGAGAGGGUGGACAACUGCGUUAUUUUUAACAAAAGAGAAGGAUCUUGGACGUCUGACCACUGCAACCGUCUAUAUGGGGUGGUGUGCAAGAGAGGUAUAAAUGACAACCUUGAAUUCACGAGUCCACCGACAACACCUGCUCUUCCUGGGAAUUGUCAAAGUGUCUGGUAUUCUUUAGGUAACAAAUGUUACAAGGUUUUUGGACGUCUUUGGUCUCAGAGGAUAAAAUGGAAUGAAGCAAAAACUGAAUGUGAAAAGCAUGGUGCAGUUCUAGCUUCCAUCCACUCAAACGAAGAGCAAGAUUUCUUGAGUGACUUAAUAAUGGAAACUGGUACUUCUGUUUGGAUUGGACUUCAAACCCUUGAACACGGUACUUUAUUUCAGUGGACUGACGACACAAGAAUUGAUUACACAAAUUGGAAUGCUGAUGAACCUCAGUUCAGCGGCGACCCAGAUGAUGAAUUAGAAGGCCUAUUCGAAGUAGAGAACUCCUGUGUUGAAGUUUUGCACGAAGUUGAAGCGAUGGGAAAGUGGAAUAGCUGCGGAUGUUACAGAAAGAAUGCUUAUGUAUGCCAGAAAUCUAAAGAUCCUCGAAUAACACAGCCUUCCGAAGAUCCUUUCGCAUGUGAGACUGUUAAAGGCUGGAGUCGAUUAGGUUCAUCUUGCUAUAAAGUAUUCAAUAAAAACUCAACGUGGAUCGAAGCGCAGUCAGAAUGCCGGACGUACGAAGCAAAUCUUGUUUCCUUUAGAAUUACUACUGUUGGUUUGUUUCUGAGAAGAAGAUACACAUUCGAUGAUGGAUAUUAUUGGACAGGAAUGAGAGAAAUGAAAGAGGAUACAUAUGUAAUGGUAACAGGUCAACGUUUGGUAAAUAGUAAUUGGAUACCUGGACAACCUCAGAAAGCUUCUAUACCCAUGGAUAAUUGUGUCGUCAUCAAUAACAAUAACCGCUGGCUGGUUAGAAGUUGUCAAGAACAACAUCCUUUCAUUUGCGAAUGGAAUAUAGAUCUUGACAAAGAGGUUACACCGACGAAAAAACAUGAGUGUACAAACAGCUCCGGUGGGUGGGAAGAUAUAGGAGGCAGUAGCUGCUAUUUAUUUAAAGAAAAUGAGCGAUUAACUUGGAAUGAGGCUAUGGCUUAUUGUUUCAGACAUGGUGGCCAUUUAACGAGCUUCCACUCAAUCGACGAUGUCAAACUCGUGCAAGAAUAUCUAACUCGUAAUGUCCAGUCACGUUUCUUACACAUCGGACUUGGAAGACGCAAAGAUGGAAGCUAUGCAUGGGUUGAUAACAGUCCGUUUGAUUUCACAAACUGGGGAAUUGGAGAGCCUGAUCACAGUGAUCGUAACUGUGUGGAGAUGACGGUAAUUGAUGGUAAAUGGAAUGAUAUCGAUUGCGAUGAGAUGCGUAGAGGAUUCAUAUGUUCUAUUUCUAAAGAAACAGGCAGCUUUUUAGAACCAAUGGCAGUCAAUGCUACAAAACAGGAAGAAAUUAUAAGCAAGAAGUUAACAGCUGGCGGCAUUUUCGGCAUCGUAAUUUGCAUACUAGUAAUACUAGCAGUGGUAGGAGUUACAAUUUAUUACUUGUAUCCAUCCAAGAAGAUGAAACCUUAUUUGCUAGAAACUGAGGCAUCAUUUUAAAGACCUAUAAAUUCAUUAUGGUGCAUUUUUGCUUUUUAUAAAUAAAUCCUAUUUAUUGUAAA